AUGGCGUUUCCAAAGCCGCCGGGCCUGUCACCCGCAGAGGUAGCAUUCCUGUGCGAAAUGGAACAAGUUACCAUUGUCCCGCGGCAGCGCCUGGAACGCCUCGACUUGCUGGGCGGCACCACACGACCUCUGAUGCCACCACAAAAGACAACGUUACCAUUAUGGCUAGCGAUUCUGUUGAAACGCCAACGAAGGGCAAACAUAGUCCCCCCACCCUGGCUGUACCCUGAAGCCCUCGAAGAGAUUCUCGAGUUGGAGACCGAACAUUUCCCCGACUCAUUUUCGCUACCGCCCGUUAUUCCACCAGCGAGACAGACGGACUUCAUGGGCAAGUCGUUCUAUGCGUCGCCGCCAUUCGUCGAGUCCUGUACGGCAUCUGCUGUCCCGAACGCGCUGCCAUAUCACUGGUACGAGUUGUCGGAGAUGUUGCUCAAUGCAGCCAGCGACGACGUCUCGGAGCCCGACAGGGUACGGCAGCUACUCCGAGAUGUGCGAGAAGUCCGCCUGGCGAAGAUGCGCAAGGAGGUCGAACACCUGUCGGGCGACGGGGAAGGUACGCGCUUAGACGGCCUGGGCGCGAUGGAAUUAUCCGAGUCGCGAGGAUUCCUCACCGGCGUGAUAGACGGCCUACGCAAGAUCGACGCUAGCAGAGAACAAGCCAGGCGGGAACGGGAAGAAGAGGAGCGAGAACGGCGAGGGUAUAAUGAUGACGAGUACGACGAAGAAGACGACGAAAUGACAUGA